AGAGGGAGGGAGGUUUUCGUGACUGGAUUAAUUUUGCUUGCGGGUGAGGUUGGCGAGCCGUGUGGAAGAGAUGGGCUGCUAACGGGCUAAGGAGAUUACCCGCCGAGCUGCUCUCGUUUCUGGCCGUUUUGGCUAAAGAGGGGAGGGGGCGGCAUUUGUAAUGUUCGGCAAGGCAAGCGGAUUAUGGCUGUAACCCUCAAGCCGCUUUCUCUAAAGUAACGACUUCUUCUGAAGCCACUGUCAAGCAGAAGGGCUUUUGUGGCUCUCGGACCCUCAGCAUUCUAGACAUCGGGAUAAAUGAACAUUCAAGAUGGCACCCAGUUUAGAAUGGAAGAAGAUUAUGAGAGUAGAUCCUGAUGCUUUGCCUCGUCAAGAGGAGCUAGCAGAUAAAUUGCUGGAGAUGGUGGCCAAGGUUGAGGGAAAUGAUCUGAAGGAAGAGAACCCUGAACGCUUAAUUCAACUUUUUAAAAUUUCACAGUCACUAAUGAAGAUGAAAAAUCAAGAAGUAGAGCUGGCAUUGGAAGAAGUUGAGAAAGCUGGAGAGGAGCAAGCCAAAUUUGAAAAUCAGUUAAAAACUAAGGUGAUGAAAUUGGAAAAGGAAUUAGAGGCAGCACAGCGAUCUACAGGUGGCCGUGAUACUCGCUUUUUGCGUGAUGAAAUCCGUCAACUGGAAAGACAGAUGGAACAAAAAGACAGAGAAUUGGCAGAUAUGGAAAAGGAGCUGGAGAAAGAGAAGAAGGUCAAUGAACAGCUUGCUCUUCGAAAUGAGGAUGCAGAAAAUGAAAACAGCAAGUUGAGAAGAGAGAAUGAGCAGCUUCGCCAGGAUGUGAUUGACUAUCAAAGACAAAUAGACUCACAAAAAGAAACGCUUGUUUCACGAAGAGGAGAAGAAUCGGAUUAUAGGUCACAGUUAUCAAAAAAGAACUUUGAGCUUGUCCAGUAUCUAGAUGAAAUUCAGGGUUUGACUGAAGGUAAUGAAAAAUUAGAGGCUCAGAAUCUGGAAAUGAGGAAGAAUCUAGAAGAAUCGGUGCAAGAAAUGGAAAAGAUGACUGAUGAGUACAAUAAAAUGAAACUUAUUGUGCAGCAAUCUGACAUUGUUAUGGACCAACUAAGAAAGGAAAAGGAACAACUUAAGCUACAGGUGCAGGAGUUAAUGGAGCAACUUAAAGCAAAGAAUGAAGAAGAUGAUCCUCUCAUGACAGCUGUAAAUGAAAAAGUGGAAGAAUGGAAGGGAAUUUUGGCUUCCAAAGAUGAGGAAAUCACUGAGUAUCAGCAAAUGUUAUUAACUCUAAGAGAGAAGCUGAAAAUGGCCCAGCUUGAUGCUGACAAGAGCAAUGUUAUGGCCCUCCAACAGGGUGUGCAAGAAAGAGACAGUCAGAUCAAACUGCUCACGGAGCAGGUAGAACAGUAUACAAAAGAGAUGGAAAAGAAUGCAUUUAUUAUUGAGGACCUGAAAAGAGAACUCCAAAGAGAAAAAAGUCUGCCAUCUUUUGUUCAGCAAGGUCAUAUUGGGGAAAUGCUAGCAAAAUUACAGAUGCUGGAACAGAAAACCAAAGAAGCUGAAAGGGUAGCAGAACUUGCAGAAGCUGAUGCAAGGGAGAAGGACAAAGAACUUAUUGACACUCUGAAACGAAUGAAAGAUUAUGAAACAGGAAUUUAUGGUCUGGAAGAUGCUGUUGCUGAAAUAAAGGAUUUAAAAAAGCAAAUUAAAAUAAGAGAUCAUGAGAUAGAAACAUUAAUUAAAGAAGUUAACAAACUUGAACUUAAAAUAAAUGACUUUCUUGAUGAAAAUGAAGAUCUUCGAGAGCGACUAGGUCUUGAUCCAAAGACAAUGAUUGAUUUAACUGAAUUUAGAAACAGUAAAGCACUAAAACAGCAGCAGUACAAGGCAGAAAACCAGAUCCUACUGAAAGAGAUUGAAAGACUAGAAGAAGAAAGAGUUGCCCUGAAACAACAGAUUCGUAAACUGGCCCAGGAGAAAGGCAAAAGAGCUGCAACUUUAGGAUUGGAUACAGAUGACCUGCUCCUGACUGAUAUCUUAACUGAAGAUCUGAAGAUGAGAAGGGGGAAAUCUGACUUUAUGAGAACGGCUACUAUUGAUGAAGUUAAAGAAAAGCUUUCUCAGCUUGAUUCACAGAUACAAGUGAAUUAUAAUGAUGAUGGCUCCAAGUCUUUCACAAUAGAUGAACUUUACAGUUCCCAAGUGCAGCAAUCCACAGAAAUGCUAGUGACAGCUUUAUGUGCAGUCAGUUGUAAUGAAUCAAAAGAACUAAGAGCAGACUGUCCAGUAUCAUUUUCUGCUAUUCUAAGGAAUCAAAGGGCUAAUAAAAGACAACAAAAACAGGAAAGGCAGAUGAAGAGAACGGAAGAUCCUCAUGUCCAAAUGCCAGUACACCCUGUGCAGAUGCUGUCCCUGAAUUUCCAAGAAGGGCUACCUAUUUCUAUUCUUGGAAAGCCAGUGUCCUCCUAUAUAGUGCAGGAGAUCCUGUUGAAAGAUGAGGAAGACAAUUCUGAAGUAAAAUUAUUGGAUUUGAGAGACGAGUGCAAAGAUGAGAUACAUUUUUCAGAAUCAUGGCCAGUAAAACACUUGGAUGAAGGACUUGAUUAUGGCCAGCCAGCAAAUGCAUAUCAGAUAGAUCGAGUUGAGAGUCUCAUAAGGCAGCUGAGGAGUGAACUAAAUUUCCUUAGGUCAGAGAAUGAACAGAUAUUGAGAGACUUGUUCGCCAAGAAUACACUGAAUAAAAAUGCAGAGCUAGAACUUGACAGAUGCAGGAGCCAGGAAUCUGAGAAUAACUACCUUACCAAAGAAUUAAAGGAACGAGAGAGAGACUUGGAACAAAACCGGGUUGUAAUAGCUAAGUUUCAGUCCAAAUUAAAAGAAUUGGUACAAGAAAACAAACACUUGGAACAAGGCAUGACAGAAAUUCUGCAAGCCAUAAAGGAUAUGCAGAAAGAUCCAGGUGUGAAAGGUGGAGAAACUGCUCUAAUCAUUCCUAGUCUAGAACGAUUAGUAAAUGCGAUUGAAUUAAAGAGUGCGGAAGGAACCUUUGAUGCCAGCUUACACUUAAAGACUCAAGUUGACCAACUGACAGGACGAAAUGAAGAAUUACGGAAAGAACUGAGAGAAGCUCGGAAAGAGGCAGUGCAUUUUUCUAAUCAGCUCACUAAAGCAAAUGCGAAGGUUGUCAGUUUAGAAAAUGAGAUUCAUUUGCUGCAACAAUCAGAAGAUGCCAGUAUAGUAUUCAAAGCAGUAAAUCUUCCAGAUGGGAUGGCUCCAUCUAGUGUGAACAUAAUUAAUUCGCAGAAUGAAUAUUUAGUGUACCUUUUGCAGGCACUGGAAAAUAAAGAGCAGCUGCUGAAGAAAUUAGAAGAAGCAUUAGAAGAAUAUAAAAGAAAAGUUGCAGUUAUCCGCCACCAGCAAGGUUUGCUGUAUAAAGAAUAUCAAAGUGAACAGGAACACUGGCAAGCUGCUGGUGAAAAAAUACAAGAAGAAAAGAGAAAGUUGGAAUAUCAAAGGGAGCAAGACGAUGUAAAAAUAAAGGAAUAUCAUAAUUUAUUAGAUGCACUGGAAAAGAAUAGUGAUGACUCUAAACGGCUGUUUGCUGACUAUAGUAGAAAGAUAACUGUUCUGAGAGUAAAUGAAAGAUCAAUGACGAGGCAGUACACAACUUUGCUUGAAAUGGAGAGGCAUCUUCGAAAAGAGAACGAGAAAAUGAAGGCUGAGUUAAUAUCCAUGGAGGCUGCAGUUGGAGAAAAGAUUGGCCGCUUGCAAAGGUUCAAGGAAAUGGCAACCUUCAAGAUAACAGCAUUGCAAAAAGUGUUGGAUGACAGCGUACCACUAAAUGAUCUAGAAGUGGCUAAUAAACAAUAUAACGAGUUAACCGCUAAAUACAGAGAUAUGCUACAGAAGGAUAAUAUGCUUGUUCAAAGGACAACUGAUUUGGAGCACUUGGAGCGUGAAAAUGCAUCCCUGAAAGAACAGAUUGAGUCUUUAAACAAGGAACUGGAAAUUACAAAAGAGAAACUUCAUACAGUUGAACAAGCUUGGGAACAAACAGCAAAACUGGGGGGAGACAGUGCUACAGACAAGGCCACCAAAGCCAUAACCAAUAGUGAGAUUGUUUCUAUUUCUAAGAAAAUUACUAUGCUGGAAAUGAAAGAACUAAAUGAAAGGCAAAGGGCAGAACACUCUCAGCGAAUGUACGAACACUUACGGGACACAUUAAAACAAGUGGAAGAACGUAACUUUGAACUGGAAACAAAGUUUGCUGAGCUUACAAAGAUCAACCUUGAAGCACAGAAGGUGGAACAGUCCUUGCGAGAUGAACUGUCAACCAGUGUGAGUAAAGCAGUUAGUGAGGCAGAUAGAUGUCGAAUUAUGGAUCUGGAGAAAAGUGAAACAGAGCUCAAGAUUGAAGUAUCAAAGUUAAGGGAACUUUCUGAUAUUGCCAGGAUGCAAGUUGAUGCUUUGGAGAAUCGCCAGCAAUCCAGAGAGAAAGAGGUAGAAUCGCUUAGAAUGCAAAUUUUGGACUAUCAGGCACAAUCAGAUGAAAAAACACUUAUUGCAAAAUUACAUCACCAUAUUGUGGCCCUUCAGGUUAGUGAGGCUACUACUGUAGCCAAAUUAGAAGCUACUACAUCAAAACUUCAGAAGACGGAGGUUACUAAUAUGCGCCUAGAGCAAAAAUUGGAUGAUAAGGAGCAAUCACUGUAUUAUGCACGACUCGAGGGGAGGAAUAGAGCCAAGCAUCUACGUCAGACUGUUCAGUCGCUACGAAGGCAAUUUAGUGGUGCAUUGCCCCUGGCUCAACAGGAGAAGUUCUCCAAAACUAUGAUUCAGCUUCAGAAUGACAAACUUAAAACUAUGGAUGAGGUCCAGUGUGCUCAGCAAGAGCGUCGAAAUGCAGAGAACAGAGCCCUGGAGUUGGAGAUGAAAUUAAAAGGAUUAGAAGAGCUAACAGCCUCAUUAAAAGAUAAAAGAGGAGCCCAAAAGGUAAUUGAGUGGCAUAUGAAAAUUGAAGAGCUUCAUCUUCAGGAGCUUAAGCUGAACCGGGAAUUAGCCAAGAGAAAGGAAGAGAUUAAAUACUUGAACAAUAUCCUUUCAGAAUAUGAACAUACAAUUAAUAACUUGGAAGAAGAAAUGGUACAGCAGAGCAAGUUCCAUGAGGAGCGGCAGAUGGCUUGGGAACAAAGAGAAGUAGAAUUAGAACAUCAGCUAGACAUAUAUGACCGUCAGCAAAAGGACAUAUUAAGAACAGUUGAAAAGUUUGAUGAAGCUACAGGAUCAGUUCCAGAUCCUAGCCUGCCACUUCCGCAUCAGCUUGAGCAAGCUCUAAGGAAAAUUCGAGAACAUGUUCGAACAAUCCUGGAAAUGCAGGCCACCUGCAAAUCCUUAGAAGAGAAAUUGAAAGAAAAAGAAACUGUUUUGUGGAGAGCAGAGCAAAAUAUCUUGUCAAGAGACAAGGUGAUAAAUGAAUUAAGACUUCGAUUGCCAGCAUCAUUGGAGAGAGAGAAGAUAAUAGCAGAACUUGGCCAAAAAGAAGAUGACUCUGCUGCCACUCCUCAUGCUCUGAAAAUUGCACAUCAGACUAUUGCAAAUAUGCAAGCAAGAUUAAAUCAAAAAGAGGAAGUGUUGAAAAAGUACCAGCACCUUUUGGCCAAAGCAAGAGAGGAACAAGAGGAAAUUGCAAAGAAACAUGAAGAAGACCUCAGAGUGCUACAUCAAAAGUUAGAUUUACAUGCUGACAUUUCUUUUAACAAGUUCAAGCAAACUGCAUUAGAGUUGGUGAAAAAGCCAUCUUUAGCUGUCCCAGCAAAUAAACAUUUAAUUCGUCUGGCGGAGAUGGAGCAAACUAUAGCAGAACAGGAUAGCUCCCUUGCUUCCCUUUUCAGCAAAUUAAAGAAAACAUCUUCUGACUUGCAGAAGCAAAAGCAGAUUACCUUGGUAAAAAUCAAGCAGUUUGAUAACAUCAGAGGCCAGCUUGAGGAGAAGCAUGCAGCUGAAGUGAAAAAAUUGAAAGAUGAAGUGGAUGAAUUAAGGAGUUUGUUGUCACAGAUGGAGAAAGAAUUACUGAAUGUAAAAUUAGAGCUAGAGGCCCAAAGAGAAGCAAAUAAUAGAGCUCCAACAACUACAAUGAAAAAUCUAGUGGAACGGCUGAAGAAUCAGCUAGCCUUAAAAGAGAAACAGCAGAAAGCUUUGAGUAAAGCCCUCCUGGAACUCCGAGCAGAAAUGACAGCUGCUGCAGAACAGCAGAUUAUUUCUAUAGCAUCACAAAAAGAGACACACAUGAAUGUUCAACAGAUCGUUGACAAACAGACAAAGGAACUGAGGAUUGAGAUAGAAGAUUUAAAUGACCAGCUUUCAAAACUUAGAGAUGCUCUUAAGCUAAGCAAAAAUAAAGAGAAUUCAUUAUUAGAUGAUAUGGAUGAUUUAAAUCAGGAGCUUCAGAAAAAGGUUAAAGCCCAUACUAAAGUUCUAAGGGAGAAAGAUGAGAUGGAAAAAGAAAACGAAGAACUGAAAAAGCGGAUUAAAAGGCUAACAAAUACAAUUCAGGGCACAACUGAUGAGCAACCUCUGAUAGUUGAACUUCAAAGAAAAAUUAAGAAGCUGGAAAAUGAGUUAGGAAAGAAGAGUGAUGAGUCAGAAAUGAAAACUCCAAGAGAAGACAAGAGCUCUAAGGAAGAAUUAAUUAGAUGGGAGGAAAGUAAGAAGUGGCAGUUGAAAACAGAAGGGAUGAGGAACAAAUUAAAAGAAAAGGAAAAGGAAGUGGAGUCCUUAACCAAGCAGUUAAGCACAGUAAAAGAACUUUUUUCCAAGGCUGAUAAAGAAAAAAUUGCUUUGCAGAAGAAACUCAAGAGCUGUGGUGUUACUGUUGAUCAUGUUGUGGGAGUACGAGCCUCAGAAUCUGAGAGAGAGCUAGAAGAGCUACGAAAACGAAAUACAGAUUUGGAGAAUGAGAUUGUUCACCUAAAGAUGCAGUAUGCUGCCCCUCGAGAUUCUGUUGUAGAAGAUUUACAUUUAAAGAACAGAUACCUCCAAGAAAAGCUUCUUGUAUUGGAGAAACAGCUAUCCAGAGACCCUUUUUCAAGACCUUCAACAUCAGGAUUAGGAUCAGAUGACCAGUAUCAAAAAGAACAAGAUCUUCACAAGGAGAACCUAAUGCUAUCAUCUGAAAAUAUGGAACUGCGAUUCCAGCUGGAACAGGCCAAUAAAGACUUGCCAAGAUUAAAGGAUCAAGUAGCUGAUUUAAAGGAAAUGUGUGAGCUGUUAAAGCGAGAGAAGGCAGAAGCUGAGCGAAAGUUAGGCAAUAUCAGAGGGUCUGGAAGAAGUGGGAAAACUAUUCCAGAAUUAGAGAAAACAAUUGGUUUGAUGAAAAAGGUUGUAGAGAGAGUCCAGAGGGAAAAUGAAGAGCUUAAAAAGGCACCUGGAAUAGUCUCCAGUGAAAAACUGGCCAGCCUUGAACAAGAAAAUGAAUACUUAAAGUCUGAAAUGGAAAAACUAAAACUUCAUAUUGGAGGUGAAUUGAGUAUGCGCUAUGAACUGAAGACUAAAGGCACAGAAAAAAUAAUUGCUGAAAACGAGAGAAUACGGAAGGAGCUGAAAAAGGAAGCAGAAAAUUCAGAGAAGCUACGAAUUGCAAAGAAUAAUCUUGAGAUAAUAAAUGAAAAAUUGACUGCAGAACUGGAAGAAACAAUAAAGAAGUUAAGCUUGGUGGAAACUAGAAACCCACAACUUGAGGGAGCUGACAGCAAGGCUUGGAAAUCCAUUGUCGUAACAAGAAUGUAUGAAAAUAAGAUGAAAGAAAUGGAAGCUGAUAUUGCCAAAAAAACUCAAGCCAUUAGUGACCUUAAACAGUUAUUACAGAAAGCCACGGAGUGUGAAGAAAAAAAUGAAAAACAUAUUGAAGAUUUAAAAGAACAAAUUGAACUUCUCAAACCCUUUCCUGAGGGUGCCAAAACAGAGCAAGGGCUUGUCAGAGAACUACAGCUUCUCAGAUUAACCAAUGACCGUUUGGAAAAGGAAAAAGCAGAGCUAGCCUACCAAGUGGAUGCUUCUCGAAAACAGACUGAAGUUAAGGCAGGAGAAGGCUUUGCAUCUGGGAAGGAUGGAAACUACAAACUACUAAUGGAAGUAACAGACCUCAAAACACAGUUGAAAACCUCAGAUUUGGAACAGCAGCGACUUCAUGAAGAAGUCAGAAAGCUGAAAAAUGAACUGGAUCACUUUGAUCCAUCCUUUUUUGAAGAAAUUGAGGACCUAAAAUACAACUAUAAUGAAGAAGUUAAAAAAAAUAUUCUGUUGGAAGAGAAACUGAAAAUGCUAUCUCAACAGUUUGGUGUUCAAGUAGAUAUUCCAGCCAGAGUUUCUAUUGAUUAAAUGAAAAGGUACAUCAUUUUUUUGAAGAAGGCUACAAACACUGUUCAUAAGUCUUUGCAUGGAAAAGGAGCAAAAACAUUCUAAUAUCAGGGAUCAAGCAAGAUCUUUGGGGAGGGCAAUUUUCUCUGAAACGUCAUUAGCAUGCAGUUUAGGCUUGGUGUGUCACUAGUACACAAUGUGUUUGGAGUUCUUGACAAAGCAAGCAUCUCCCUAAUUGAGCAACUGCUGGUUUCACUUCUACAAACACAGAAGCAAAAGUAAGGAAUAAAGGGAUUAUACGAUUAUACAGGUUUUUUUCAUAUUGUGUAAUUUAUUAAGUUUUCAAUAUUAUGUUUUUGUAGAUCUUCCAUUGGUGUGUUUGCACUAGUCUAGCAAUUAUUUAUUUUUCUACAUUUGUUCACUUUUACCAUUUUACUCAAACAUCAGUUUAACGUUUAUUUACCCUAACAAAACUAAAA